AUGGGUUGGCUCUGGAAUUCAUUGGCUCCUAAAAAGGACUCACCCGAGUCCCAACCAACUCAACCCUCAGCACAACCAACUCAACCACCAACGCAACAACAAUCAGAGUCACAAAAGCUCAGCCGAGAAGAGCAAGCAGACGCCGAAGUCGCCAAAUUAUGGGCAAGUCUACAAAGCGACAUCAAACAGGCCGAACAGACACAACAGGCCUCAGUCGAAGGCGCAACCACAGACUCAGCUACGGGCACAUCAGCAUUAGACCUUCAAUCUCCACCAACGUCCAUAGCCCCCGAAUCCCUCUACCCGGAUACGAUGUCUUGCCGUGACGCCUUUGACUACGCCUUCUUUUGUCAGUCGCUAGGCGGACAAUUUGUCAAUGUUUAUAGAUAUGGCGAACUACGAUCGUGCAGCGAGCACUGGGAGAAUUUCUGGCUGUGUAUGAAGACGCGGACGUUCCGGGAGACUGAGAAGAAGAAGAUCAUCCGGGAUCAUUAUCGGAAGAAAGCCAUUAAAUAUAAGACAGGCCCGAGUAGUGAGGAUGUUUGGGAUGUGAGGACGGAGCCGGUCAAGGGGUGUUUCCAGGGGGAUUUUGCGGCACUGGAGAGGGAGAUACAAGCUGAAGAGGAGGCUCAGGCGCGCGCAAGGCAUGCGGCUAAUACUGUCUGA